AUGUGCAGAAGUGCUUCUGGUAAAAAUAGCCCACCACGGAAUGGUGUUAACAUGGUCAACUCUGAAGAUUCCUCCAAAGAAAAAUUACUGUCAGUGUCCUUUGACUCAUUUUAUGAUGGAAAUGUACAUGAGGUUAACGAACAGAACCUUUCUGAGAAGAAAAUCUUUGCGACAAUGGAAAUCGCGGGAGCAAGUAUCCGAAUGCAAAUUGACACCGGUGCUUCAUGUAAUGCCUUACCACAGAAAUAUCCGUACUUUGAAGAUGUAUAGCAAGUCUACUUUGUACGUUUUAGGAAAAUGUAUAGUGUGCAUGCGUAACCCAAGGAACAGCAAGAAGUACAAUGUUGAAUUUGUUGCUGUGAAAGGCAAAUACACACCACUGAUUGGGUCUCGUGCUUCUCAGCAAAUAAAUCUGGUAACAGUGCACCAAGAAAACAUUCAGCAACUUAUAUUACCACUAACAUUCAAAGUCUUACCCUGA